AUGGAUCAACUACCACACGCCUUCCGGUCGCUUUCUACAAGCUCCAACUUAUCUCACAACUCGUCGUCGGCCUCCAUCACAAGAAUAAACCUGGCCCCAUUAAAUAAUAACUUUAAUAAACAGUCUUCAGGCAAGGAUCAUCUUUAUUACCAAUGCGAGUCGUUGAAACGAAGAUUGAAAAAGAUCGAUGGAAUGGAACCAUACCUUCUGCAAGCAUUCUCACAAGCUGAAGAGUUAGCUGAACAACAGGCGCUUGCGUUAUCACAAGAAUCGUUUAAUGGUGCUAAUUCAGCCCUGAAUAAUAUCAAGAGUAAUCGGCAAUCAAUGCAAUCUUUUUCAAGCAAAGGAUCAUACCACUCCGAUGGUUCUGGCUCUCGAUUGAAUAACCAUUUAUUCACAUUCACCGCAGGUGUCCUUCCCGCCAAUAUCAGUGUUGAUCCCGCUACCCAUUUAUGGAAAUUGUUUCAACAAGGUGCCCCCUUGUGUCUAAUUUUCAACCAUACUAUUAAGGAUUAUCAAAUACCCGUGAUUAGUAGUGACGACUUGAGAAUUUGUAAGAAAUCGGUGUAUGAUUUCUUAUCAGCCGUGAAAUCCCAUCUUAACUUUGAUGAUGAGGAUAUGAUUACUAUUUCUGAUGUCUUUUCCGAUAAUACAGAAGAUUUAAUCAAGAUUAUAAAUGUGGUUAAUAAAUUAUUAUACGACUAUGGACUUUCCAGCUCCAAUGCUACAUCUAAAACUGAUUUGAACGAUAAUUCUGACUAUGCUAAUGAUAUUAAUGUUGAUGUUAUGAUAACUGCCGAAAGAUCAAAGGUGUUCCGAGAAUUGGUGGAUACAGAACGGAAAUAUGUCCAAGAUUUGGAACUAUUGGUCAAGUACCGUAAAGAUUUACAAGAUGCAGAGUUGUUAUCGUCAGAACAAAUCAAUAAUUUAUUUCCAAAUUUAAAUGAAAUCAUUGAUUUCCAACGUCGAUUCCUUAAUGGGAUAGAAUGUAAUAUUAAUGUUCCUAUUAAAUACCAAAGAAUUGGAUCCGUUUUCAUUCACGCUUCACUUGGACCUUUCAAAGCUUACGAACCUUGGUCAAUCGGGCAAUUGACAGCUAUUGAUUUAAUAUCUAAAGAAGCAGUAAACUUGAAAAAAUCUUCAAGCUUAUUAGACCCUGGAUUUGAAUUACAAUCAUAUAUCCUUAAGCCAAUUCAAAGACUCUGUAAAUAUCCCCUUUUACUUAAGGAGUUGAUCAAGAAUUCACCUGAAUCACAAGAUCUGGAAAAUAAUCAUACAGCUUCAUAUAAUGAACUAUUAGUGGCUAUGAAUGCCAUGAAGGAAGUUGCCAACCAAGUGAAUGAAGCACAAAGAAGAGCAGAAAAUGUAGAAUAUACUCAUAAAUUAAUCGAACGUGUUAGUAAUUGGCGUGGAUUCAAGUUAUCGGAUCAAGGUGAAUUGUUACAUUAUGGUAAAGUCGGGGUUAAGGACGGUGAACUUGAACGUGAAUAUGUGGCUUAUUUAUUUGAAAGAAUAAUUUUCUUCUUUGUUGAAGUAGAUAAAUUGAAUGGCGAGAAGGAGAAAAAGAACAAGUUUGGUCUGAGAAAGAAAUCAACUUCUAGUGCCACUAGCUCAAGUUUGAAUUUACUUGAAUCAUUGAAUUCAGUCAAGGAUGAUUCUCCAUUGGAAUUAAGAGGAAGAGUAUACAUUUCCGAGAUCUAUAAUAUCAGUGCCCCUAACAAUCAAGGAUAUUCCUUAGUAAUAUCUUGGUCUGGCAAGAAAGAAAGUGGAUCUUUCACGUUGAGGUAUCCUUCGGAAGAAUUCAGAAAUCAAUGGGAAUCAUGUUUACGCGGACUUAAAACCAAUGAAAUCAACGAGCAAGUGCAAAGGAGAUUACACGAGUCACAACUUGCUAGUGAAGAUUCUUCAAUUUACGAAUAUACUGGCGGCUCUCCAAAUGGUAUUGGGUAUAUCAAUGAUUCAAGGUCUUCCAGUGGAUCUUUAUAUCAUCGUCACCAUUCCUCCUCUUCAACCUAUAGUAUGAUGAGAAAUAUGAGAAAAUCUUCAGAAUUGAAUUCGAGAUUUUCUGCUGUAUCAAACACCUCAACUUCAAAUAACACCACAACUGCCACAUCACCUACGUCAGAUACAAUGCCUUCGGUAUUUGAAAUUACUAUCAAGAUGGUUUAUAAUAGUAUUGAGAUUCCUGAACCAUUGUCUGUACCAUCACUGAUUCAAUUCCAUGAAUUAUACCUGAAGAUUCUGAGUAAAAUUGUCGCUAGUAAGGCAGUUAGUGAUGAUAUCUUGGUCAAUAAGUUGAAGUAUAAGGAUGAAGAUGGAGAUUUCGUGGUUAUGGACACAAACGAUGAUUGGACUCUUGCAAUUGAUAUGUUGGAUGAAAUGAAUGACAAUGGAAAUACAUACGAAUUAACUAUUUGGGUAUCAUGA